AACACAAUCAAUCCAUUGAGAGAGAUGAAGCAUUGUCUGAUUGCAAUCAUUGUCCUGCUGAGUGUCCUGCUUAGGGAGCAGCUGGUCAGCUCGACAACAGGUUGCCCACGUCGCUAUCUGAGACGCAUCAAUGGCAAGUGUUACUACUUCUCUGUUAAAAAGAUGAACUGGUAUGGCGCUCUGAACAAUUGCCUGCGCAAAGGUCUAACGCUUGCCGAUCUCAGCAAUCCAGGCGAUUUUAAUGGCGCCAUCGAUUUCCUCAGCUCCAAGGGCAACACAGAGGACUUUUGGUUCGGCGGCAACGAUCUGCAGACCGAGGGACGCUAUCAAUAUAUAAGCAAUGGUCGUUUGGUUCGAUACUUCGGCAAUUACAGUGUGGUAUGGUCAGAUGAGUCCGCCCUAUGCAAUGAUUGCCUUGAGGUUCGCAUACGAUCCAAUAUGACUAUUACCGCUAGCGAAAAUUGCCUGGAGCGACAAUAUUUCAUCUGCUCCGAGGUCUACUGCGAUAGCGUAGACGCGAAAAAGCCACGGCAUCACAGCCAUGAGCAUCUGCAUCACUUCCAUCAUGAUGUUGGCGAGCCCAGCGGCGAAAGUGAUGAGGAUAUGAACACACCAUCCCCCUUCGGUAGUGCUUCCGAGGAGAGUUCAAAAGAGUCAAAUGAGGGUGCUGUUCCCGAAGAUGAAUUGGAAGAAUCGAAUGAAAAUGAUAAGGAAACAACUGCAGCCGUGUCGGAGUCAGAUGCCACAAGUCCUGCUGAGGGCGAGACAGAAUCAACAGCAGCAGGAGAAACAGAGACAACUGCAGCGGGCGAGACAGAGUCAACAGCAGCAGGAGAAACAGAGACAACUGCAGCGGGCGAGACAGAGUCAACAGCAGCAGGAGAAACAGAGACAACUGCAGCAGGCGAGGCAGAGACCACUCCAGCAGGAGAAACAGAGACAACUGCAGCAGGCGAGACAGAGACCACUGCAGCAGAAGAAACAGAGGCAACUGCACCAGGCGAGGUAGAGAAUCCAUAGAUAAUCCCUAAAUCAUUGAUUUAGAGAUCUAAAUUUUAUAUGUAUACAAAAUAAAUCAAUCAAUUCAAAAUA